ACCUGUUAUGAUAAAAAAAAAAUAUCUCCUAAUCGUUUAGGAAUUACAUUAUAAAAAGGAAUUUGCGCAAAAAAUCACAGUAAGCAAAGGCUCUCCUCCUACGUUCGUGUUUUUUAGCAUAAUGUACUUCGCUUUUGUGACCCUUUUAUUUACCUUGUUAAUUUGUCAAAUUCUUUCUGAAAGCGAAUGGCAAAAAUAUGCUGAAACACGGAAGAUGGGAAAUUCAAUCAGGAAAAAGAAACAACCGAAUAAAGUUGCUACCGAAGAAAGCAAAGUUGUGGAGCGUCCUCUUCACAUUGGUUCAUACAACAUACAAACUCUGGGGAAGAAAAAAUUCCAGAAUAUAGAUAUUAUGUUAACAAUCGAGAAGAUUAUUAGUCGCUAUGACCUUAUGCUGGUGAUGGAGGUCAUGACAUCUGAAUCGCACUUCAUGGAAAAGCUUUUGAGAGACGUUAAUGCGUUUCGCCCACCCGGAGCUGUCUAUAAUAUGACAUUGAGUGAAAGUCAUCCUCAAACUAAAGAACAUUGCGCCUUUUUUUACAGAGUGGAUAAAUUGCAGAUUGCUAGAAUGGAGUCUUAUACUGACCCGGCAGAGCAGUUCUAUCGCAAGCCUUUCUUUGUAUUAUUUAACUCACCAACACUAAGAGACAUGAAACGGUUCGGUGUAAUUGGCCAUCACGCCAAACCAUCACAAGUAGUUAAAGAACUGAAUGGUCUUGCUGAUUUAUAUGACCGGGUGAGAGAGAAGUAUUUUAUCGAGGAUGUGCUCUUAAUGGGAGAUUUUAAUGCACACUGCACUUACGUGAAAGAGAAAGAAUGGGAAAAUAUAACGCUCUGGACAAGGCAAGAGUUUACUUGGCCAAUAGGAAGUCAUAUCGACACGACCACAAAUUACAAGAGCUGUGCACUAGACAGGUUUGUAUAUGCCGGUGAAAAUAUGAAUACCGGAGUUAUUUUGUCAUCUGCGAGAGUAUUCGACUUCCGGCAAGAGCUCGAUGUAACUUUAAAUGAGGCAAGAGACAUUUCUGAUCACUGGCCAAUUGAAAUUAAAAUAAGGGGGAAAAUGUCAGAGCUUGCCGAGAAGGAUUUGGUGUCUGACAUAUGCUUUACUGUUCAAGAUACAAGGCCACGUAAUGUCUCCAAGCAAGCAAUCAUAACAGCAGCACAGACUUCGAAUUUCAUUCCUACUGUACUAUCAUCUCUAAUUUUACUAAAGAAUGAGACUUUAAAUUCUGAAGAUAUGUUAAAUGCAGUAAGAAGAUUACAAAGUUCUUUAUCAAAUGUCAUUAGCAAAGAACAGUUGGAAGCUAUAAUUUAUAAAACACAACAAGGUAGUUUAGAAGAUGACAGUUCUUUCGCAGAUGUUUCUCACAUGAAAUUUAAAGUACAGAUAUUUGUUACCAAUGCAUAUUCUGAAAUAUUAACUUGCAAAACAACUACUAUUAAUUAAUUUUAUGUAUUUGCAUCAGAAAACAGUAUGGAAUUAAAAAAAAAAUUCAAACUUCAGGAACACAGGCAGA